AUGAUGAGUAAAGCACUCACCUGGUCCCGAACACGUACCAGAUCCACAGACCAAUACUUUUCCGGCUUUGUUGAAGAGCUUGAGUACUCAUUUGAACAGGAGGUGAAUGCAAAUAUGAAGAUUGCGGGCGACUGGAAUGAAUUCGAUUGUUACGCAAUCGGCAGACGUCUUAUAAUGGGGCUAGUUGCGAAGUUACUGGUUGGUGAUGAAUGUCGGAAUUCAGAGAAGAUCGAUCUUUUCUGUGACUACACAGCCGAAAUGAUGAUCGGAGGACCAUAUAUAAGGGGGUUUCCGGAUUUUUUGAAACCGGUUGUCGCACGCUCAUCCCAAGUUGUGAAACUUUCGAAUAGAAUGCAGAAGCUUUUCCUGGACGUGAUCAACAGAAGGAAAUCAAAGUCAGAAGAAAUGGAAAAGGAAGGAAGACAGCCCGAGGACUUGACAGAUUGGUUCUGGCGAUGGUCACAACAAAAUACGAGCAACGGUCUAACGGAAUUGGACAUUGCCCAGCUGCUCGCUGCAAAUACCUUUGGAGCCAGUUUCAACACAACGGUGGUCCUUGUACAAUGUCUCUGCGAGCUUGCCACCAGGCCGGAAUAUGUCACUUUAAUCCGAGAAGAGGUCACAUCAACUCUUGAAGCCAACAAUAACAUUUGGACUAAGGAGGGAAUUGACUCAAUGAGGAAAUUGGACAGUUUCAUCAAGGAAUCCCAUCGUUAUAAUUGCUUUGAUCUUGCCGGAACACCCCGUGUCGUUAAGAAGGAUUUCCAAUUCAAAAAUGGUCUUCGAAUUCCAAAAGGGACAGUUCUCUUGACCCCAAAUGCCGCUAUGUUAUUUGAUGAUGAAUUUGUGCAGAAUCCCCUUGAGUUUGAUGGUCUUCGAUUCUGUGACCUUGCAAAUACUUCUGAAACACCUGAGAUCUUCAGAUACACCUCUACGAAUCCUCAUUAUCUUCAGUUUGGAGACGGAAAACAUGUCUGCCCAGGCCGCUUUUUUGCAGCAGAUGAACUUCGUCUCAUUCUAGCAUAUCUGUUGCUCCAUUUCGAAAUCAAAAUUCAGGGGGGUUUACCUAAAGAUUUCAAGAUCAAGAGACACAACCUGCCACACUUGGGGGUGAAUAUCCUCUUGAAGAAGAUUGAAGAGGAAAGGACUGAUUAG